GUCCAACAAAACGUUACGUAACUUUUCGUUUGGAUGUAUUCGGAUAUGUCCCACAUAAUUGCGUUCUGAUCGAGAUGGGAGCGGGAUGGUGUGUAUAUGCGUAUCCGCCAAUUGUAAUGGACUAAACGUUUUGUUUGGCGUAAUGAAACACCCCUGUUGUCACUGCGAUACCAUCGGUGUCUAAUCUGUCAAUCAGAAUUUAGCAUCUCUGCGCGAUAUGGAAAACGCUGUUAUAGAAUGUUAAAGACAUUUUCUGGUUCAGACUGAGUUCGCUGUUGGUGUCAUUUAUCCGCAUUUGUUUUAAGACCGUUGCGCUCUGAUGCGCCUUUACUUCGCUAUUAAAGUCUGACCGGGUGCGUAUGCCUCGGAAAAGCGGUGGAGUAGGCUGCAUUUGUCAGCGACGCACCACGCUCAGAGAGAUGCAGAUAAUCGUGAACCGGUGCCCAAGUUCAGACACUUAACGCGUCUAGCGGACCUCAACUAGCCAAGUCAAUAUGCAAUGACUUGCCUUCUCUGCCCGCAGCUGCUGCUGAAUAAACAAGGAAAGCAAAUCUUGAUAUAAGCAUUUCUGAAUUAUUUUCUUUUUGCUGCAGUUAUGGCAGGCCUUUCUCCCGUGCUUUUAUUCGGCUCAACACUGCUGUUCCUGUUAUCAUCUCAUGCUCUGCUGAAUGAUGGACCAGUUUUAUCCUCCACCUCACAAACCUCCCAGACCUCAUCUCUGUCUCUCCUGGACCUGGACCUGGAAGAGCAACCUGAGAUGACUACUGUUCCGGGUAGACCUACUAUGGUACCAGGCUUGACCAGGCAGGGCCCGGAUAGCUCCCUGCAGGACACAUCUCAGGAAUCGUCUGGGUUUUUCAGUGAGGACAGUGAAGACAACAAACCUCUGUCUCAAUCUGUCCACCUUUGGGAUGACAUCAGAGUCCAAAUCAACAACACUGGGUUAGGCAGAGAUUCUCUCAAAGGUUUGGAGGAAUCCAGCCAGGGGAAUCACACCUCUCCCUUCAUAGCUGCAGUGGAGAACCUGGAACGGGAGCUGUGGGAGAUGGAGAGUGAGUCCAGUGGCCUCCCUCUGGAGCCCGGUUAUAACCAGGAUCUGGGCCCUACUUCCACCACCCCAGGUGCUCCUGCAGACUCAACCACCUUGGACCCACAAUAUGUUCCAGUCCACGGAGGUCCAGAGGACACCUUAGAGGGCACUGUGGAGGUGGCUGAAGAGUUAGAGAGUAGGCAUGCUACCACUGAGCCUGACACCUCCAGACCCACACUUCCUGAGGCUGGUGUCUUCCCCAGCUUCGGACCUCUCCAGCCGCACAACAACCAUAUGGACGACAGGGAGGAGAUGGAGGAGGAUGAAGAUGGGGUAUUCCUUGGAAGACCUGGAAGUGACUUGGGAAGAGGAGGGAGAGAAGAGGACAUCAUUCCCUUGACCACUGUCCCCUCUGGGUCUCCGGUGCCCUUCACAGUUGGCUUCAUAGGAGACUCUUGGGACCGUUUGGAAGAGGAAGGGUUUCCUGGUAGGGUGGACCAGGAGAAGGAGAGGAGGCUGGAGGAGGAAAAGAAGAGGAGGCUGGAAGAGGGAAAGGAACAGGAGGUCAGAAACGGAGGAACAGAGUUGUUAACUGAGGCGGAGCUGCUCCAUGGUUCCCACUUCUCACAGGAAGUACAGCAGGUCAGCUGUGUAGACUGGAGAGAUCUUUCUGGGAAGGGCUAUGUCGUCCUCAAUAUGUCAGACAACAUUGACUGUGAUGAGUUCCGCGUCGAGAGUGGUGACCGUCUCCUGGAGCUACUAGAAACAGCCUUCUCUAAGAAGAUGAACAGUCCUCAGGGUUCCUGGCUGAUCUCCCUCUCUAAACCCACGAGGCAGGACCACCAGCUACUCAUAACGCUAGCCGGCGAACAUGGCGUUAUUAACAGCAAGGAUGUGUUGUCAAUGUUGGGAGAGAUAAGGAGAGGUUUGCACGAGAUCGGCAUUCAGAACUACAGCAGCGCUGGCACCUGUCACUCCCGGCCCAGUCACACAAGGAGUGACUACGGGAAGCUCUUUGUGGUUCUGGUGAUUAUAGGCUCCGUAUGUGUUGUCAUUAUCGCCUUUGGACUCAUCUACAUUUGCUGGCAAAGGCACCUGCCUAAGAUGAAAACGAUGACCCGAGCUGAAGAGCUCCAUUUUGUGGAGAAUGGUUGCCAUGACAACCCCACCCUGGACGUGACAGGAGAUGGAGGUCAGCCGGAGAUGCUGGAAAAAAAAAAAACGAAUAACCAGAGCACCAAUGGACUGGCGGCAAACACUACUGUAGUGGGGGGGUCUGGAGGCGAGUUGGGGAACAGUGGCUGGCAGGUAUUGGUCAACAAACCUGGAGGGGAGGAAGAGGAUAGCCUGGAGGAAGACACACAUCUCUAGCAUGGAGAGGAAGAGGAAGGUGGGAAUGGUAGCCUGGAUCCUUCUCUGUUUGGGGUGUCUUGCCAACUCUGUGGUCAAUGUGACAUAUGACAAGACAGCACAAACAGACCUGGGACUAAGAUGGUUAACUGAUGGUUAAGAAGCAAAACAUCAGAGUUGUGAAACUCAUGUGAAUGCAUUGGUUGUCAAAUAAGAAACCUAAAACAACUUAUUAAAACUAGUUAGAUGUUUUAUUAAUUGACUAUGAUUAUGUGAUAUGGACUUAAUAAUUUGCGCUGUUUUCUUUUUUUGGCAACUAAGCAUGAUUCACAUCUCUAAACACUGUUCUAUACAGAAUGUUGAUACGUUGAAUGUUCGAAUUUGGAAUCAGAGCUUCGUUACAAGAAUGAAUGUUUGUUGAUAAACUACCGGACGUAAGGAUACUGCAUUAAACAUGUUGACUGCAGAGUUAAAAUGCUUUGGGCUAGCUAUGAUUUAUUAUGUCUAGUUAGAAUGGCUGCUCUGUAUCUGAUCAGCUGACUGCAGUGUGAAGGAUAGAGGACUCUUUGUACCUGUACCAUUAUAAAAUGAUUCAUAUAUAGGUUGGAACAAAGGGUUGUUUACAGUCUAUUAGAAAAUAUGACACUCCGUUGCUGCAUAAUGUAGUUUGCAUGAACUGUGUAAGGGCUUUAUAGCUUGUUAUGAGCAAAUACACACUGCCAUGCUUCUACUGUUUCUGUGACUUGGUAAACAAACUGGAAGUACAACUUGGAUUGUGUCAUUUGAAGAGGUAUAAAUCUUAACUGCCAUCUGUGGUUCUGGAAUAUUUGCUAAUGACCACAGUUUAUUGGCAAACACAGACUUUUGGGCACUUGAGUCCUCUAUCCAUCUCUAAGGUUUCAAAUUCAUGACUUUUGUAAGUAUCCUUACAAUUAUGACUGUAUUAGCUAAAUAACUAACUUGGUUGCCUGAUCUGAUUGCUUUAGAAAGCUCGUCUUUGGCUGGCCGCUGUGGCAUGGUAAUAAAAAGGGGUUGGCUAAAUUAAGAUAAAAUUUGGCAACCAGACUGCAGAAUAACAGAGGGAGGCUGGCAAUAUUUAUUAUGCUUGCAUUUGUUGAAAACAAUAUAUUUACAAAUAGUUAUAGUUAUGUAAUGUUUAUCACAAUCUGUUAAUUUAUGAUAAGCACAGUGAAUAAUGUUUGGGCUAUUUCCUAUAGCAGGCCUGUCAAUGUGAAUGUAAUAUAAUUUGUCAUGCUGUUAUUUCUGUUGUGGCACUGCAGCUAACGACUGUAUUUUAAAUGUCAACUAUGUAUAUUAAGGGCCUGACAGUGUUAACACUGCUUCAAAAUGGUUGAAUAUGUUUUAAGAAUAUGUUUUUAAAUGGUUGAAUAUUGUUCAGCUUUUUUCACAGACUUGCUUUCGAAAGGGAACAAUAUCACCAAACAAACAUGCAUGGCACUAACAUAGCCUACAACUGUUAGCGUGACUGUUUGGAAUCACUAACUCACUAGAACUGUUAGUCUGACUGUGUUUAGAUUCACUAACUCACUACAACUGUUUGUCUGACUGUUUAGAAUCACAAAAUCAUUAGAACGGUUUGUCUGACUGUGUUUAGAAUCACUAAAUUACUACAACUUUUAGCCUGACUGUGUUUAGAAUUACUUAAUCACUUUAAAAAUUAACUUGACUCUGUUUGGAAUCAUUAAAUCACAAAUCACAUCAACAGCUAGCCUGAAUGUGGUAAAAAACUGCAUCAAAGAAAACUCCAACCUUAAAAGGGAGAGUUAAACUAAAAGCCACGACUACAGAAGCGGAUUGCCACUAGGUGCUUCUUAAAAUUCUAAAAUCUCUUUUGGAUGGUUGAUCUGUCCAGGUUUGUGGUCAUUACAAAUCAGACAGGAAAAAACUGACUUCACCAAGAAGGGACUUCAAGAUUUGAAUUCUGAUACAAUUAUUUUAAUUGUAACAUUUUGUUCUAACUGAAAGGAAACUUAACUCCUCCAAACUGGAGCCUGUGGGGACAAUUAGCAUUAACUGUCUUGCUCAUGGGCAAGUUUUAUUUGUCCAAUAAGAAUGUUUUAUUUUUCCUGUUUCGUUGCAAGAUGUAUUACAAUUUUUUCUUUGCAUUCCCAAAUGAAUACAACCCAGGAAUGUUCCGAGAACAAGUCCUGAUGUUCAGGAUCCUGCCCCUCUUAAGUGUCAAUCAUAAUCAAUAGUCCAAUCUCCACUGAAUAUGUUUUAGUCCAGGACUAAGCUUUUGUCUGGAAUCAUGCCUAAGUUCUCUGUCUGGUCAGUUCAAUGUGUUAUUUCUGCAGUGUCUCAUUUCACCAAAACAAGCGGCCAUGUGUUGUUAAAAUGUCAAUGUUAUUGUUGAAACAGAUAAUCGUAAGUGUCAACAAGGUUUUUGUAUUUUAUUUUUAUUAGAAGAAUACUUCAAAUUAAUUUGAUUGAUAUACUGACCUGGUGCUGACUAGGGCACCAAAUGUUACCACAUUUUUAUUUUGAUAUACAGAUUAACAUGUUUUAUUACUGUUUACUUUUAGUGUAAAAUAUAGUUUUUAGUAUUAUUUAUAUAUAUCAUAGUUUUUAUAUUGGCUUCCAUUACUUUUGUCCACUGUUCUGUAUCCUACAUGAAAUAAAUGUUUGGGAAAUGUU